UGCUGCCUGUUCGUGGACAGUUCGUCACCGAUGAAGGCGCAGCAGCGACACGACCCACGCGUCAAGCUUGACUACGGUCCACCACCGCCUCUGCAGCACUUCACUCGUAUGCGACGUGCUGUUCCUCCUCCGCAAAAAGUGCUGCUUCGAGCGAGGGUCUGCGCAUCUCCCAUUCCACCUCGACGCGCAGAAAAGCGGUCGACACCUGUCCUCUCUUGCCUCGGCCAGCUCCCACGUAUUCUCCAGAGUAUCGCGAUCGCGAACGAGUCUUUCUCGUCUCUCUCAAGCCACGCCGCACUGCACCAUGCUCGGCGCCAUCUCGCAGAGACGGGGCCAUCAAGCAGUACUGAUCAGCCGGUUCGGUCGCAGUGCGCUCCGCUCGCCAAGCAGUGACAGGCCCAUGUCAGCGAUACACAACAGCGGGGCAGCGGGCUUCGACCUUGCUGGAGGCGUGGGGCACACAGAUGCCCGCUCAGCUCGCCCUUCGCUCGCCAAAUCCAUGCGGCGAUCUACUGGAUCAGGGUCGAGCCCCGAGCAACAGCGCCGCACCUACCGGCUUCUUCCCACGCAAACAGUGGCAAUCGCAGAAUCUGUGAUCAACUUUUCUGGAUCACCUCAUCUUUUGUUCGAUGGAUCUGUCAUCACGUCAGCGACUGAGGCUAGUGGAGCGUGGAGACAGCACAACAAGGGCAACGGUGUGCGCUUGGUGGCGGAUGUUGUAGAAGAUGAGCCGGGCGAGGUGCAGUUCUUACGACGCGGAGACGCAAACUCGAGCGAGCUGAAAGGAACGAGCCACAUCGCUCGCACUGCGCAAGAGGCGGAGGAUGUAGCCGGUGCAAUGCUCAAGCAUCUCGUCUUGAGCCCCAAGCCGCCAUUCCUGCCCAAGUCCGUCGGCCGGCUGCUCGUGAUGCCCGUCCAAGCUCCUCAUCCGAGCUCUCAAAGAUCAGGCGUAUCCACGCAAAACGCCAAGGUGGCUUUGCAGCCAGAAGCGCGCAAAUACAGCGUCCUCUUGCACGCUGAUCGCGUCGUGCAUUCGGUGGGACAUUACGGCCGAACGCAGCUUGGACCUACUCUGCUCAUCAGACCAGGUGCUGCGAGCGAUGCCAGCCUCAUCGAGCUGCACAGACGUGGCGAUGACGAGGUGGUAGCAGUGCCAAUCGAUGUGCUGCCUUUGGCGAACAGGGAACUCCCGCAGCCCACUUCACUGGGUGUUCAGGCGGCCUGCGCCUCAGAGGUCGAAGCAUUAAUCCGCCAAGUGGGUAGCCGUGCGGCAGAGGAAGCCCUGACGCAAUUGUCAAAAGCAGCAGAUCUGGAGCAAACGCGACGUGAAAAGCUAGCGCAUUUCCUUCGGGAGCUGUUUGUGAUGUUCUGGAGGGGCGAUGCUGAAAGGAUCGCGGUCAAUCUUGCGAUAAGUGCUGAUGGUAAUGUCCAAUUGGACAGCGACGUGCCCACAGUCGGCAUCGAAGCUUCGUUCGACGAUUUCUCGCUUUUCCGUCAACCUGAUCUGACCGAGAUGCGGUCCAAGAGUGAGGCACGAUGGUCAGCAAACUCUCCAGGCGAGGCUAGCAGCACCACGCCGCUCGAUGCGUCUUCUGCACGCGCACACGAGCUUCAUCCACUCGAACGCAAGGCGGAGGAAGCUGGCAUGGUGUACAGAAAGCAUCAGGGACACAUUGGCUUGUUCGGAUACGGCGCUGGGAUGGGCAUGGGCACCUUUGAUGGAAUUCGAGUUGCUGGUGGCGAGCCGGCAAACUUUUUCGACGGAGGCGGCGGCGCAAGCGCUGAAAAUGCUCGGGCUGCCAUGGAGAUCCUGAGUAUGGACCCCGAUGUCCAUGUCAUCUUUGUUAACAUUUUUGGCGGCAUCACGCGAACAGACCUUGUUGCCGAGGGCAUUAUCCGCGCAUACACUGAGCUGGGCCUGAAGCAUAUACCUCUGGUUGUGCGUUUCCGCGGCAACAUGGCUGAAGAGGCCAAGCAAAAGCUUCGGGACGCGUCGGACAGUGUACCAGCCAAGCUGUUCGAUGACUUUGCCCAGGCUGCGGAAGAAGCCGUCAAUUUAGCUCGAAAAAGGCGUGAGCCUUCAGCAUCGAUCGCCAAUGGCGCCGUAAACCAGCGGCGUUCGUUUUCAACGGCUGCAAGCGGUCUGGCUACAAGGACGUCUGGGCUGGCGCGCACACGCGCAAUCGCUCAGCAUCUGUGCGCGCCCCCUUUCUUGAGCGCCAGGCGGUCGUUCGCCACGUCAAGCACAGCCAAAGUCGAAACGCACCCUCGUGGAAGUUUUGAGUUCUUGACGGGAUACGCUUUUGCGGGCAAGCCACGUGGUCCCUCGAGCAGCGAAGGGGAGGGCCAAGAGCAAGGUUCGGAAUCCGGCGAGGCCGACAAGGCGGCAGCCGCAUCUUCUGCAUCCGCACCUCGGCUUCCUCAACAGGGAUUUGUACCUGAUUCAGAUGUUGGUAGAUGGAGAGAUGCAAUGUUGACAGGAGGGGAAGCCGGUGAAGAUAGCUUGACUUGCUCAAAUAUGGGCUCCGAAGGUGGUACAUCGGACUCUGGUGGCCUUGGUCUUGGCACUCGUGCUGGAGAUGUUUUGCUCGGUGUUGCUGAUGGUGUUGGUGGAUGGUCAGAGAAUGGCGUAGAUCCUGCUCUCUUCAGCCAAUCGUUGAUGUAUUACGCUACGCAAUACGCCUCCGAGGUGUUGGCAUGUCCCAACCGAUCGCCGCACUCGGUGUCUUCCUCACCUAGUGAAAGUCAAAGUCAAAGUGGACCUUCCACGCCUGCCACCUCGCCAGGCUCAGACGGGGGACUAGGGCACGCCGGAUCGCCCCUAUCGAUUCUUUCCCAUGCAUACUCCAAGACACUGAAGGACGCCCGCGUCCCUGCGGGCAGCUCGACAGCCACCAUCGUGACGUUGGAUUCUCAUCGGGGUGUCCUUCGCGCGGCCAACCUGGGCGAUUCAGGCUUUCUUGUGCUCAGAUCAUCCCCUGUCAGCAGCACGAUCAAGGACGCUCCCGGACAGACAAGUAUGCAGCAAGGUUCGCGGAAGCAAUGGGGAUCAGGAACGCCUGGUCUGCCAGUAGUCGAUGGCGUGCUCUACGCUUCCGCUCCGCUGCAGCACGGCUUCAAUACGCCGUACCAGCUCGCCAAGCUACCCCCCGCCUUGAGACAGGAAGGCUCCAUCGACAGCUCUCCAAAAGAUGCUUCGCUUGUAGAAGGCCAACUUCGAGGCGGAGAUCUGAUUCUGCUUGGCACUGAUGGGUACUUCGACAACGUCUCGCUGGUCGAGACUGCUCAGCUCGUCAACUUUGUCCGCGACAAGCAUCACCAGAGUUGGAGUGCCAGAUAUCCUCCACCCGGAACGAUGGAUCAAGCUAGCGCCGUUCCCGACAGUCAGGUCAAGUCUAGCAGCGCAGACACACCGCAAGACGAGCUCGCUGAGGAGAGGGAGAUGGUACAGACGGUCGCACACAAUCUCGUGCAAUUUGCGAUCAUGUGCAUGAAUUCUACUCAAAAGCAAUCCCCUUUCGAGCGUGAAGCAGCGAGGCACGGCAUCCGGUAUCCAGGCGGCAAAGUGGACGAUGUCGCGCUUGUUGCUGCCCUCGUCGUAGAGCGCUGAACUGUUGGCGCCUAGCACUGUCGCAUCCGUAUCUUCAAUCCUGCUCCUUUGCUCGGGCUUCAACACCUCUGGCUCCAUCUUGCGCUGCCCGGGGCACUGAUUACCAAGCAAAGGAUGCCUCAUCGGGCCGACCGGCUCACGCAUUGGAGGGGCGUUGUUCGGGCAGUCGAUGACCGCAGAGCCUAUUCCAUAGUGAUUUAUCCAUGUACGAUUGGAAUUCGAGGAGUUGUCAUGCUUCUUGAUCAAAGAAGCCUUUCACCACGAACGCAGUUUGAAAAGACGUAGUCACUGG